AUGUCCGCGAUGCGCGGGAGAUCGAAAGUCUCCAACAAAUUGCAGCUGCGGAUUGCUGUAUGGGGAUCCUUUGUAUGCAAUAUUUGUUUGUCAGGACUGCAGCUCUAUGGUGCCAUCGCGUGUAAAACUCUUUCUCUUGUCAUUACUAUGGCGGAUUCAAUCUUCGACCCUGUCUCAAACAUCACCCUGAUCCUGUGCAAUCGGGCUGCCAAGGGCAACACGCCACAAUAUCCUGUCGGCAAGGCUCGGAGAGAAAACACCGGAAACAUAUACUUCUCCUUUAUCAUGAUGGCCGUCUCUCUGAUCCUGAUAGCCUUCUCCAGUCAAGAGCUUACCCAAGGGGGAGAGUCAGCUUUCCAUCUUCCAUCCGACAUUGCUGUCAGCAUUGCUUUCGGGGCUAAAUUCGCUCUGUUCUUGUACUGCUGGGCUUUAAGGAAUAAAUACUCUCAGGUCCGGAUCCUGUGGGAAGACCAUCGCAAUGACCUGUCCAUUAAUGGUUUCGGAAUCCUGACUUCCAUUGGCGGCUCAAAGUUAAAGUGGUGCAUUGACCCGAUGGGGGCUAUCAUCCUUUCGCUACUGAUCCUCCUCCUAUGGCUACACACUGCCGAUUCAGACAUCUUGAACGUGGUCACCUAUAUUUCCAUGACUCACCAUACUGCGAUCCGGGCUGUUGACACUGUGCGGGCGUACCAUGCUGGCCCGCGUCUCAUUGUGAAAGUGGAUGUUGUCAUGGAUCCUCACGGAACCUUGAAAAAAUAUCAUGAUAUCUCGGAAGAUCUGCAGAACAAGCUUGAGAGCUUGCCGAAUUUGAACCACGCGUUUGUUCACAUUGAUUAUGAGACAACGCAUCGGCCAGAGCAUGCCAAAAAGAUUCUGUAA